ACAGGGGCUGCGCGUCUCGGCAGUAUCCAUUCUUCUAGAUUGCGAGUCCAAACGGAAGAACCGCCCCCCGCUUCGGGACUGCGCCAGUUUCACCACAUUCGCCUUUGCUGCCAUAUAAAAUGCCGGUCCCCGACCUCUCCGAGCUUCCAAGAAACCCAAACCCGCUCGAUCAUACCGCUGCCGCUCUCCUCCUCACCUGAAGCUUCCACUGCAUGCGCAUGCGAAGUGGCAGAGGCAAACACCGAUCAAUCUAGCUAGCUAGGUUCCAAGAUGAUUUCGUCGCACGACUUGUACACGGUCCUGGCGGCGGUGGUGCCGCUGUACGUGGCGAUGAUCCUGGCGUACGGGUCGGUGCGGUGGUGGGGCAUCUUCACGCCCGACCAGUGCUCCGGCAUCAACCGCUUCGUCGCCAUCUUCGCCGUGCCGCUGCUCUCCUUCCACUUCAUCUCCGCCAGCGAUCCUUACCAGAUGAACCUCCGCUUCCUGGCCGCGGACACGCUGCAGAAGCUGCUCGUCCUGGCCGCGCUCGCCGCCUGCUCGCGGCUGAUCCCCUCGCUGGGCCUGGACUGGUCCGUCACGCUCUUCUCGCUCUCCACGCUGCCCAACACGCUCGUCAUGGGGAUACCGCUGCUGGUGGCCAUGUAUGGCCCGGACGCCGGCUCGCUCAUGGUCCAGAUCGUCGUCCUCCAGUGCAUCAUCUGGUACACGCUGCUGCUCUUCCUCUUCGAGUUCCGCGCCGCGCGCGCGCUGAUCGCCGACCAGUUCCCGGACACCGCGGCGUCCAUCGCGUCGCUGCACGUGGACCCCGACGUCGUGUCGCUGGACGGCGGCCGCGCCGAGACGGAGGCCGAGGUGGCGCCCGACGGCCGGCUGCGCGUCACCGUGCGCCGGUCCUCGGUGUCCCGCCAGUCGCUGUCGCUGCUGGGAGUCACGCCGCGGCCGUCGAACCUGACGGGCGCGGAGAUCUACUCGGUGAACUCGUCGCAGAACCCCACCCCGCGGGGCUCCAACUUCAACCACGCAGACUUCUUCGCCACGGUCGGCGCGCCGCCGCCGCCCACGACGCCCGCCGGAGCGCGCGGCUCGAGCUUCGGCACGUCCUCCGAGCACUUCUCGCUUCAUACGUCGUCGCAGGGGCCGACGCCGCGGGGGUCCAACUUCGACGAACACUCGGCUGGGGCUGGGGGCCGGAAACCAGCCGCCGCCGGGGCGCACAGCAGCCAUGACGCCAAGGAGCUCCACAUGUUCGUGUGGAGCUCCAGCACCUCUCCCGUCUCCGAAGUGAGCCGCUUGCCUGCGGACAGAGCGCGUCUCGACGCCAAGGAAAUCCGCAUGGUUGUCCCCGCCGAUCCGCCGCAGAAUGGCUCGUGCAAAGAGGCCGCGGUGGAGGACGACGGCGAGGCGGCGGAGGCCGGGCGGGAGAGGCUGACGAAGCUAAGUUCCAGCUCGACCGCGGAGCUGCGUCCCAAUGUCUACGCGGACACCGCCGGAGCCGAGGACGCCAAGAGGCCCCGGCAGCAGCACCAGAUGCCGCCGGCGAGCGUGAUGACACGGCUCAUUCUCAUCAUGGUGUGGCGCAAGCUCAUCCGCAACCCCAACACGUACUCCAGCCUCAUCGGGCUCGUCUGGUCCCUCGCCGCCUUCCGGUGGCACAUCUCCAUGCCAAGCAUCGUCGGGAAGUCCAUCUCCAUUCUCUCGGACGCCGGGCUGGGGAUGGCCAUGUUUAGCCUAGGACUGUUCAUGGCGCUGCAGCCGAGCAUCAUCGCGUGCGGCAACACCGUCGCCGUCGUCUCCAUGGUCGUUCGCUUCAUCGUGGGGCCCGCCGUCAUUGCUGCCGCGUCAGCAGCCGUCGGCCUCCGUGGGACGCUCUUCAAGAUCUCCAUUGUUCAGGCGGCUCUACCACAAGGGAUUGUACCUUUUGUUUUCGCAAAGGAAUACAAUGUCCACCCUACCAUCCUCAGCACCGCGGUAAUUUUUGGCAUGCUGGUAGCUCUUCCGAUCACAUUGGCUUACUAUGCCAUUCUUGGACUAGUAACUGUAUAGUAGGAGUAGUACCAUGACAACCAAGCUGCUGCUAGCUCACAGGAGAGGUAGAAGCUGUGCUCCUGCUGCCAAGAGAGAUCAGAUCGGUACUUGUAAGCUUAGUCCAUGGAUGGCGCGUGGCUUGUAAGUUUGAGGAUGGCCAGCAGCGUAUAAUGUUGCUUGCUUCUGAUCCUUUUUGGUUCGAGGAAUACAUAACAGGAAUAUAUACUAAUUAUUCUCAA